UAUAAUAUGUGUACUAACAUUAACAAUGAAAGUAGUAGACCAGUAACUCCAUCAGAGGAAGAUUGUUGUCAUAGUGGAUGUGAUCCAUGCAUUUUUGAUGUACAUAAAAAAUUACUUGAAGAGUAUGAGAAGAAAGGAAAACAAAAUGUUCAAACACAAAAAAAGAAAAAUAUAUUGAAUUUAUAUUCAUAUAAAAACUUUGUAGUUGUCAAUAUGGAUGAAACUUCUGAAUGUUAUAUUCUACUUUUUUUGAAAUAUCAAGAAGAGACAAAGAUUCAUCUUAUUGGAGGGUUUCAAAGCAUAUUACAGAUUCCUUUGAAAAAAGAAUUACAACUGUUAUCAGAUUACUGGAAUUUCAAAUGUACUUUACAUAUAUCACAAUUGCAAAAUGAUUUUUUCAGUCUUCAUGGUUUAAAUGUAAAAUCUGGAAGAAUAGAUAAAGAAUCUGUUUGUGAAACACUUGAAAAUCACAUGACCAAUGCUACAUUAAUCUUAAUAUGUGGUACUCGCCAAUUUAAUAGUUCUGUGGAACAGUGGGCAAGAAACAUGAAUUACACACAUAUACACGUAUUCGAAUAACUUAAUCGAAAAAAUAUCA